GAACCACCAUACCGAUCAAGAAUGAUUUAUUUAUCUAUCAUGGUUUCAAAACUUCGAUGACUAUGCUGAUGUGAGGUCGAAGCUUAUUACAACUAUCCCUCUUACCAAUUUAUGAGAGUGAGAGAGAGAGAGAGAGAGAGAGAGAGAGAGAGAUGAGUUCGUCUUCUUCGCCAACUCGUUCUCGAAGUGUUAGCAACAACGGCGAGGAGAGACCGAGAUUUUUCGACAAAAAGGCGAAGAACAUCUGCUGGGCCAACGCCGAGAUAAUUCCCGGUAGACACCCGGAGAGGUGGCGCAAAGACGCCGCCGGCAACGUUGUAUGCAAGCGUUUCUGCAACUGCAGUGGCUGCCUUUGCUUCGAGUACGACCACAUCGUUCCCUUCUCCAAAGGUGGUGAGUCAACAGCAGAAAAUUGUCAGAUUCUUCAGACAAGAGUGAAUAGAUUUAAGUCAGAUAAAGAUGAUGUGGAUGCAACUCGCUUGAAGGGUUUUUCCUGUGAUGUCAAGUUUUCUGAUAAGGAACUUGACAUUAUUGAAAUGGCUGUCUAUGGUGAUGUGGUCCGUCCUGGAAAGGAAUGCCGGUGCAAAACUGUAGCCGAAAUGCUAGGACAGUACAAGUCAAAAGACCGUUCACCUCCCUGCAAGUUGCCAUAUAAUGAAGAAGCUUCGUAGCAGCAAAGGAUUAAGUAAACUCCAAUUAAGGAUCCUUCCUAUGAGCAGUUGGGGCUUACUGUCACAUUUACUUGAAUGAUUCUUUUGAUAUAUAUCUUAUCAAUUUUUAAAAACAAACCAUCUUAUUCAAUACUUUGUGUGACGAUUCAAAUACAAAUGAAAAGGGAUGUGAUUUUUUAGGAGGGGAGAACAAAUUUUGAUCUUACAAACCAAAACCAGGGUUCAAGGACCUUCAUUGACAAUAUAGGUAGAGGUUUCCUGUUUCUGUU